CAGACCUGCUGAAUCUUCUCAACCUCUCUCUCUCUCUCUCUCUCCCUGUCGUUAUUUGCCAAGGAGUGUGUGUGUGUGUGUGUGUGUGUGUGUGCGUGUGAGCGCGUGUGAAUACAUGUGCUGGACGCAAUAACACACCAACACAACUCUCUCUUCUGCGACUUCUGGGCUUAAUACUUUGGAUUUCUAAGACGCUGGAUAUAUACACUGUGGACUGACUCGUAUAUUUGUUGGAGGAUAUUUCUUUAAGUUUCGUAUUUUUUUUGCAUGAAUGCUUUGCAGGAUCUUUCCUGAGGUUAUGACCAGCAUGAACCGCCGCCUGACCGUGCGAGGUUCACGCUCCUAAGGAGAGCAAAGGGGCGCAAGAUGCUUUCACGACACAGGAGAAAGUGAGCAAACCUCUUCCACCGUAGAGCCACCAGGCUGGAUACCUUCUUCAUGCUCCUGCCACGAGAGGAGGAACACGAUUUGGGGCCAACUCUAACAGAGAACGAGAGCCUACUCGGAUUUCAGCCUGCCUUUACCUGCAGGCUAAGUGGGCUCUGGGCUCUUGAUGUCAUGUCCAUUCUGCCGAAGGACAUACCGGAACCCUACAAAGGAGUCGCCCAGACUAACAAAAGGGUCUAAUUAGGGGUCCAAACCACUGCGCCGUGAAGGAAAAAGGAUUCUUCACGCACUGGACUUCCUCUCUAUCUCCCCCUGAUUUUUUUCCUAUUGCUUUUUUUUAAUUAUCUGAAUUGCAUGCCUGCAUUAGUGCACUAGAGGUCUGUCUCGAAGCAGAGGAGUUUUCUACUGAGGUUUAUCUACAACAAAGCCUUUGAUGGUAUGAACUGUAGACACUGCAGUACAAGGCAGGAGGUCAGUAGUACAAACAAGGAUCAGCUGGAUCAGGAUAUAACCAAAGAAGACUUCGGACAGUGCAGAGAAGAAAGGGGGAGCUUAAGGCAUCACUGGAUUUUUGGGUGAAAGAAGAGGAUUAUCUGGCUCCUCUAAAUCAGGGAGGACAAACAAACCGAGAACAUUAAUAAUGGCGUGCCAGUACAAGUCUUUCUUCGUCUUCUUCAUCAGAGCUGGGGUUCUCCUGGGUCUGGCCAAUCCACUGGUGACCUCAGCUUCCUGUCCAUCACAGUGCCGGUGUGAUGGGACUUUCAUCUACUGCAAUGACCGGGAGCUGACUUCUAUUCCUUCAGGAAUCCCACAGGAUGCCACUGUCCUCUUCCUACAGAACAACAGAAUUAAGAGCGCAGGCAUCCCUGCUGAUCUACGGAGACUCAACAACGUGGAGAAGAUCUACCUAUACUGCAACAACUUGGAUGAGUUUCCUACCAACCUUCCUCUGAACGUCAAAGAGCUCCACCUUCAGGAAAACAACAUCCGGACCAUCACCCAUGCCUCGUUGGCACAAAUUCCCUUCAUUGAGGAAUUACACUUGGACGACAAUUCCGUGUCCGCUGUCAGUAUAGAGGAGGGAGCGUUCCGAGACAGCAACCACCUGAGGUUACUCUUCCUUUCGCGUAAUCACCUAAGCACCAUUCCUUCUGGUCUUCCCAUGACCAUUGAGGAGCUUCGCUUUGAUGACAACCGCAUCUCCUCCAUUUCUGAGGUAUCUCUGCAAGAUCUGAUCAAUCUAAAGCGUCUGGUGCUGGACGGCAAUCUCUUGAACAACAGGGGAAUUGGGGAAAUGGCUUUUGCUAAUUUGAUCAACCUGACUGAGCUUUCACUGGUGCGUAACUCUCUCACAUCACCACCUGCCAACCUGCCGGGCACCAGCCUUGAGAAGUUACAGCUGCAGGACAACCAUAUAGACAGGGUACCAGCAGGUGCCUUUGCUUUCCUACGCCAGCUGUACCGCCUGGAUCUGUCUGGCAACAAACUGAGCAGCCUGCCCAUGGGGGUCUUUGAUGACCUAGAUAACCUUACCCAUCUGCUGCUGCGCAACAACCCAUGGCAGUGCAGUUGCAGAAUGAAGUGGGUGCGAGACUGGCUGCGCUCAUUACCCUCGAAGGUCAAUGUGCGUGGCUUCAUGUGUCAAGGUCCUGAUAGGGUCAAAGGAAUGGCUAUUAAGGAUCUAUCCACAGAGCUCUUUGAUUGCUCCGAAUCAGAAGUGUCUCCGACAUACGAGACCAGCACGGUCUCCAUCACGCUGCCUCCAUCUCGGCCCCAGUGGCCACUUUAUGUGACUAAAAGACCAGUGAUUAAGGGGCCAGACUUUGGAAAGAACUAUCGCAGUACUACCCCUCCAGCUCAUAAGAUUAUCACAAUAAGUGUCAAAUCCAGCACUCCAGACACAGUGCACAUAUCCUGGAGGGUAUCUCAGCCAAUGACUGCCCUGCGGCUGAGCUGGUUGAAACUGGGCCACAGCCCUGCAUUCGGGUCCAUAACUGAGACCAUCGUGCCAGGGGAUAGGACGGAGUACCUGCUUACAGCUCUGGAGCCCGAAUCUUCCUAUCGGAUAUGCAUGGUUCCUAUGGAGACCAGUAAUAUUUACCUGUCAGAUGAGACACCCGUUUGCAUAGAGACAGAAACGGGCUCCUUAAAAGCAUACAACCCCACUACGACCUUAAACAGGGAGCAGGAGAAGGAGCCUUACAAAAAUUCUAGUCUGCCUUUAGCUGCUAUUAUCGGAGGAGCCGUGGCACUUUCGGCCAUCAUAAUGCUGGCACUGGUGUGCUGGUACAUCCACAGGAAUAGUUCUUUGUUUUCCAGGAAUUGCACGUACAAUAAAGGGCGCAGGAGGAAGGAUGACUAUGCGGAAGCUGGCACAAAGAAGGACAACUCCAUCUUGGAGAUUAGAGAGACUUCUUUUCAAAUGAUACCCAUAAAUCACAUGCCAGUGUCCAAGGAAGAGUUUGUGAUACACACAAUUUUUCCUCCUAAUGGCUUAAACCUUUACAAGAGUCCACACAGUGAAAACAGUCUCAACAACAGAAGCUACAGAGACAGUGGAAUACCAGAUUCUGACCACUCCCAUUCAUGAUAAUGUGUGCAGAUUCGAAAGACGUUUUAUUACGCGUGACUGACAUCAGGACUGCCCGGUCUUUUACAAAACACUGGAUUGAAAAGACUGAGAAAGCAAUGUUCUGUACAUUUGCCAUAUAAUUUAUAUUUAAGGACGGUUUAUUAAAAGAAACAAGGCUACAAUUGCAGGCCAUCACUGAGUCCUCAGUGUGUGCUGUCAACAACUGCAAUUAUAUAUUUUAGAGGUUUGUAGUAAUUUGUACUGUACAUCCUUUGCUUAAGGUUUCAGACCAAUUAAAAAAAAGUCUUUGUGCUCGACUGAGAUAUCAACUGUGAAAGUGGGUUUUCAUUGCUGUGUUAAACAAUCAGAGUUUAGAGAACCUUGUAGAAGCACAGGUCAUAAUUUUCACCAUGUCGUUCUCAGAAAAAAAAAAUAAAAAAAGGCCGACGGGAAUAUAGGGCGCAGUCGAUUAAAUGGGUAGAAGAGCUUUUUUUCGUCUUAUCUGUAUUGGACAAACAUAGACGUGUUGCGGUUUAACAGAGCCUCAAGAAUAUGUUAGGGAUCUUAGUUGACAUUUCAACAGUGUUGUCAGGCUUUAAGUCUCUGCUAUUUUUGGAGUAUGGAGAUAUACUGCUUCCUUUUGUUCCUGAGAGAGGUAGCACAGCACAGAACCCAGUAACGUGUUCCUCGGCUGGGUAUAUAUGCUCGUCCAGCACAGGACCGGCAAAGCACAGAAAUAAUGACCGGUGCCUACUGAGUGACAGUGUUCCUGUCAACAGGGGAAGAUGCCUCAGUUGUGUACUGAUUGUACUUGUAAAUGAUGCUUUUGAAGAGGAACACAGACGGGGAGGUAAAGAUAUGAUAUACGUACAUGGGUUCAUUUUUUUACUUGGAAUACAAGUGUGAACUAUUUUUGUUUAUAAUUAUUAUCUGUAUUUUUUUUUUUCCAAAGUUCAAGCCACUUUUAUGUUGCGACAACUGAAAGUUAAUUGUUCCUUACCAACUGAAGACCAAAGUGCAUAUAUAUACAUAUAUAUAUGCCCUUUGGCCAGUCUUGUAUGUGCCUUGAUACAAUGCUUCUUGUAUUUAGCUUUUUAAAAGAAUAAAUCGGUGAGUUAACUUUUUUCAUACACACUUGAAUAUGAUAAACUAUUGGUCAUAUUGCAAAAUAAAAGUGGACAAAAUCAA